AUGGCUACUAAGUACUUACAUUUUAGAUGGAAAAUUGGUGGUAUAUUGGUGAGUGAAGUGGGGCCUACUUUUGUUGGGGGAAGGACUGAACAUUCUUUUAACAUUGAUUUUGAUCAUUUGUCUAUUCCUGAGCUAGUAGAUCUUGCUAAAGAAUUUGGGGUGAUUAAUUUAGGGACCGCUUAUAUUGCACCUAAGGGGGGUGCUUUAGUAGAAUUAACAUCAGACAGGGAUUUAUUAGACCUAGGAGUAUUGUUGAAUGAUGGGGAUACAAUUGAAAUUUAUGUGUGCAAUGACUCUUCUUUUGAGGAUGUGGGGCCUGUCAGCCAGCAUGUGAUUGGUGGGGCUGGUGAUAAUUUAUCAAAGCCAAGUGGGGAUAGGGAAUCUGCCAGUUUAUUUAUUCGCUAUCCACCUCUAGUUAAUACAACACCAACUACAAGUCUAGAUCUAGAAAAUCCUUCUUCUCCAAACUGUGUUGAAGGGGCUGAAGCAAAUACCAGUGGUGCUUUUGCUAGUAGUGAUUUUGCUGCUGAGAAUCCCACUGGUGAUGUAGAUAAUUCUGAGGAAGAAGAUGCAGUAAAUGGGUCUGAUUCUGAUCUGUCUGAUGAUUAUGGGAGUGAGGCUGGAGUGGAUGAAGGUUAUGAAGACAUUGAUAGUGAGAGAACAAAUCUAAGGGGUUAUUUGGGAGGUGAUGAUGAUGAGCCAUAUUAUGACUCAUCAGAUGUAGAUAGUUUUGCUUCUGAAUCUGAGGGUGAAGAUAUUAGUGAUGAUGAACAAGUUGAAGGAGGGACUGAAUUGAGGGCAAGGAGGAAGACAAAUAGGGUUGUGUAUAAUCCAGAUUGUGAGAAAGUCAUUUGGCAGGUUGGUCAAGUAUUUCAAAAUGUCAAAGAAUUCAGAGAAGCUUUGACCAAAUAUGCUCUGAAGAAAGGUGUCCAGCUAGACAAGAAGAAGAAUGACACAAGAAGGGUGAGGGUGAAGUGCAAAGAAGGUUGUCCUUGGAUGAUAUAUGCUAGCAAGGAAAGUAGGAGUACAAACUUCACAGUCAAGACCUACAAUCCUAGACACAAAUGCCAUAGGACCAACAUCAACUUCCUUUGCAAUUUUAAAUUUCUGUCCAAGCAUUAUAAGGAGAGAAUCACUUCCCAACCUACAAUUAAAGGGUGGGAAAUACAAGACUUGGUUAGGAAAGAUUUUGAUAUAUAUGUUGGGAAAUCUGUCUGUUUGAGAACAAGAAAGAUUGUUUUGAGAGAAGUCAUAGGAGAUCAUAUUGCUGAGUUUAGUAGACUCUUUGACUACAGGGAUGUACUGCUACAAACUAAUCCUGGCAGCACAUGUGUUGUGAAUGUAAUAGACAAGGAAGAUGGUAAGAAAGAAUUCAAAAAUUUCUAUAUUUGUUUCGCUGCAAUGAAAUUGAGGUUCAUGGGAGGUUGUAGGAGGUGUAUAGGCCUAGAUGGUUGUUUUCUGAAGGGUAUUUGCAAGGGUCAGUUACUUGUAGCAGUUGCUAAAGAUGGAAACAAUCAAAUGUUUCCAAUAGCAUGGGUUGUUACUGGAACUGAGACAAAGGAUGCAUGGAGAUGGUUUAUGAGAAUCCUCCAGGAUGACUUGCAACUUGGAGAUGGGACUGAGGUCACUAUAAUUAGUGACAUGCAAAAGGGUCUGGUUAGUGCUAUUGAAGAAGUACUUCCUGCUUGUGAGCACAGAAUGUUGAAUGAGUUAGAUCAGUUGGGUAGGGGUAUUGUUGAAGACCUUAUUUCAUACAACAAAGAAAGGUGGUGCAAAGUGUAUUUCAAAGAAUUUUCACAAUGUGAUAGUGUGGACAACAAUAUAUCAGAAUCUUUUAAUGCUUGGAUAUUGUUAGCUAGACAUAAGACAAUUGUGUCAAUGUUAGAAGAAAUUAGAAUCAAGGUGACGAAUAGAAUAGCUAAGAUGAGGGCAUUUUCUGAAACUUGGGUUGAUGGGAUAUCACCAAUGGCAUUGAAAGCGUUCAAUGCUAAUGUUGAGAGGUCAAUGAACUGUACACUUCACUGGAAUGGAGACUGUGGCUUUGAAAUCAAAGAGGGGUUAGGUACUCAUAUUGUUCAACUGGCAAGGGAAUAUUGCAGCUGCAGGUCAUGGCAACUAAAAGGUAUCCCUUGUGCACAUGCCAUAGCAGCUAUGCACUAUAGGAGAAUUGAUCCAAGUGAGAAUAUUGUACAUUGGUACAGACAAGAGACCUAUUUAAGGGCUUAUUCUCACUUCAUACAGCCUGUUCCAGAUUAUAUGGCCAGACAGUACAAACCCAAAGAUAGAGCCUCCGGAAGUCAAAAAAAUGCCUGGCAGGCCAAGAAGGUGCAGAAGAAAGGAGAUAGGAGAAGUGAGAAGGGCUGGAAAGUUGACAAAAAGAGGGAUAGCCAUGAAAUGCUCUGGUUGCAAGUCUAG